GAAUUCACACCAGGAACAGAUGUGAUAAGUAAGAAGACACCAUUUAUAUGCACUCAUUGUUUGGGAUUGAACUGUGCUUCAGAAAGUUGCAUAGAUUGUAAGUCUGUGAUGAAGAAACGCUCCUUUUAAUAUGCUGAUCUUUUAGAACCAGGACAAGGCUUUUAAACAGCCAUUUUUCUCCUAUCAGUCAUUGUUUUGAUUGAAGAGAUGGAAAAAUAAAGUGAGCAACUGAUGAAGAAGAUAUAGAACUGUUUUGAAGAGCUUCCUUUACAAAUGCUCCUCUUGGGAUCCAGUCUGUCACACAGACUGGUAAUCAGAACCAUCCUUCUCUGUGAACAGUUUUCAGAGUCUGGGCAAGAUCACCAACCUGUGAAAUUCAUGAAGAAUGUUUAACUGAAUGUGAAUGAGACUGAGUCCCCUUAUUUUGGGCAGGAAAUAAAGAAAGAGUGUACACGUGAAUCAGAAGAAGGUAUGUUAUGAUGUGAUCGCUUCUUUAGAAGACUACUUAAAGAAAGCUAUGAAGAAGGAAAUGCCUUAUCUAAGAAUGAAAGCAUGGUGACUUCUGAAUAUUACAUCACCAAAUGAGGAACCCACAAGCAAGACAUAAUUUCUACUUGGCGGCACCUGACUUGCUGGAUCCCAAAUCGGCCACUCAGAACUCCAAACCGAGAUUAUCAUUUUCUACCAAGCCUACCGUGCUCUCUUCACGGGAGGAAAGUGAUUCUGCUAUCAAUGUUAUGAAAUGGAAGACAGUCUCAACAAUUUUUCUGGUGGUAGUCGUGUAUUUAAUAAUAGGAGCAACAGUGUUUAAAGCCCUGGAGCAGCCUCAUGAAACCUCCCAGAGAGCCACCAUUGUGAUUCAGAAGCAGACGUUCGUAUCUCAGCAUUCCUGUGUGAAUGCGACAGAGCUUGAUGAACUGAUUCAGCAAGUAGUGGCAGCAAUAAAUGCAGGAAUCAUACCUUUAGGAAACACAUCUACUCAGAUCAGUCACUGGGACUUGGGAAGUUCCUUCUUCUUUGCUGGCACUGUUAUUACCACCAUAGGCUUUGGAAACAUCUCCCCACGCACACAAGGUGGAAAGAUAUUCUGUAUCAUCUAUGCCUUACUGGGAAUUCCUCUGUUUGGUUUUCUCUUGGCUGGUGUUGGAGAUCAACUAGGGACAAUCUUUGGAAAAGGAAUUGCCAAAGUAGAAGAUACCUUUGUUAAAUGGAACGUGAGUCAGACAAAGAUUCGCAUUAUUUCAACAAUAAUAUUCAUACUCUUUGGCUGCGUGCUGUUUGUUGCUCUUCCUGCGGUUAUAUUCAAGCACAUAGAAGGCUGGAGCACACUAGAUGCAAUUUACUUUGUUGUUAUCACUUUAACUACCAUUGGAUUCGGUGACUAUGUUGCAGGAGGAUCAGAUAUUGAGUACCUAGAUUUUUAUAAGCCAGUGGUGUGGUUCUGGAUCCUGGUUGGGCUUGCUUACUUUGCAGCUGUUCUCAGCAUGAUUGGAGACUGGUUAAGAGUCAUAUCAAAAAAGACAAAAGAAGAGGUAGGGGAAUUCCGAGCCCAUGCUGCAGAGUGGACAGCCAACGUCACCGCGGAGUUCAAAGAAACCCGAAGACGCCUGAGCGUGGAGAUCUAUGACAAGUUCCAGCGGGCUACCUCCAUCAAAAGAAAGCUCUCUGCUGAGCUCGCUGUCAACCACAACCAAGACCUGACCCCCUGCAAGAGAACCCUGUCAGUCAACCAUCUCACCAGUGAGAAGGACCUCUUGCCAGCUCUGACUAAGACAGACAGCAUUUACAUGAAUGGUUUGACACCGCACUGUGCAGCAGAAGAAAUAGCUGUCAUUGAAAAUAUUAAGUAGCUGUGACGUUGGGUCCCAGUCCUUGAGAAGCUCUUGGCUUAGACUAGCCAUACACCCUUUUUUCUCCACCCUGUCAAAGAUCAAUGCUAAUAGCAUUUUAUAUGUGUGCAUGAGUUCCACAGAAACUGCAGUCCAGAGUUACCAUCGCAUCUCUUCAAAGACACAAAGACAAAUGGCACUUCUGUUAUCGAAAGAUGCUGGAACACGCAACGUCUUCUGCCUUUAUCUGCCCAGACUGUUUUUCACUUCUCCUAAUGUGCCAUAUGGCCUCAAGAAUGAAUCACACUUGUUUAUGGUAACAAUGUAGCUUUGAGGGAUCAGUCCUUAAUAUUUCAGGGUCUACCUUACUGAGCCUAGGAAUGGACCACUUAUGGACUACAACACAUUUGUAAAUGGCAAGAAAUUCUUAUGCAGCCUUUUACCUAAGAAAUUUUUGUCAGUGCCUUAUCUUUUGGAGAACCAGAACCUCUACAAUUCCUGUAUGUUUUCUUUUCUUUUUCUUUCUUUUUUCUUUUUCUUUUUUUUUGCAUGAGAAGUGCAUUUCAUUUGAGCUUUUGCUCUUCUUGAAAUGAUGGUGUUUUAAAGGUGUCUGUAUUGAAGAUACCAACCAGCAUGAAUGAAUGCCAAAACUCAACAGUCAUCAAAUGAUGUCCUUAGCUCUGAAUUUAAAGGCACUGCAGUUUCGAAAGUUGCAAACAUGUUCCCCAGUAGAAUUUUGUUUUACUCAGGUCCAGCUGGUGUUUGUUCACACUGACUUGGAGAACCUGCAGGCCCUCUUUAGGUCUUAUUUUUUUCAAGCAGUGUUCAGCAGAUUUUUUUUUUCUCUGUGUCAGAUGUACCAAAAAAAAAAAAACCCAACACCAUAAUAAUAUCAGCUUUUCUAUCACUAAGUUACUUGGUAGAUGACAAGAGCAAAUAAAGAUGGCUGUUUUGAGGAGAGGCAGGAGAGGCUUUGAAUUGCUGCAUUCCAAUAACCACAUCCAGAAAACAAUGCGGCAAAAUGCAACCAUUUUCAAUGAGCAUAAACCUUCUGCCAGAUAUUUGCUCUGCGGCGAGGAUCUUAACUUCCUCCUUAAGUCAAGUCGCACCACACACCAUAUGAUAUUUUACACAGGAACCCUGCUGGAGUGCUUUCCUGAAUGUCACGCUGUACAGUGGCUGCCUGUGCCGGAGCUGUGACUAAUAUGGGAAUGCGACUGAAACUGGUAUCACUGUGACCCCAUACAUUUCCAAUAGAGAUGGCUCUGAAUAUAAGUGCAGGCAUGAAGAAGAGCUGAGAAAUAGCACAAUCUGAAUACUGAUGAUUGUUCAGACAGGAUAGGCUGAUGAGAAGCAGAUCUAAACCAGACUAUGGGGUUUUCUUUAUUGGUUUUAAGACAACACGUUAACUUUAAUUUUAUAUCCUCUGUUUUGCUUAUAAGUGUAUGUGAGAUUCAGAAGAAAUGCAGGAUGGAACCGAUAAUUUUACAUUUUUUUUUCCUAUGUUAGUCUACUGUAACAUGGCUGUACAUAACAUGAAUUGAACAGGCCUUAAAGAAUAAUUUAGGCUCUGUGUAAAUUAAAAAGAAUGAGACUUUGCUGAUUGGGCAUGAUUCAAGUGGCAAAUCUUACAGCAUCUCUGACCAUUAGAUAACAUGCAAGAUAUGAAUGUUAAUGUUUUUGGAUGCUUAGCUUGUUUUCUAAUAAAUAUAAGUUAAUAUGUAAAUUCAGUCAAUUCAGUGUAAAUAUCAGUCAAUUAACAUUUAUAGAGAGUAUGCUUUUAAAAUUAAAGAAAUUCCAUGAAACAGCACCGAGCAAUGCUCUUAUAACAAAGACCCUCGUCUCCCCAGCACAGUGUUCUGAAUGUCCACAUGGCAAGAGUUUGUCUUGCCGUGUAUAAACUGUGAAUUGUAAUGAAAAAUAAAGUUUUUAAUUAAAAUAAGCUUUUCUGAA